AUGUUUAAGCAAAUACUUGGGAAGCUUCCUAAGAAACCUUCUGCUAAGUUUUGGGAUAAUGGUGAGUCCCAAGCUCCAGAUAACAACAACACUCAAGUUGGUGACGUUUUGAGCCAGAGAUCAUCAUCAAAUGGAGACAAUCUUGCAUCUGUUUCUGUUGAGGUCUUGCCAAGGUUGAAAGAUGUUUCCAUCUCUGAGAAGCAGGAGCUCUUUCUCAAGAAGCUUAGAUUAUGCUGUGUAGUGUUUGACUUCGUCGCCGAGCCUCAAGGGAACCUGAAGGAGAAAGAGAUCAAGAGGCAAACACUUCUUGAAGUUGUGGACUAUGUCAUAUCCUCAGGGAAUGGGAAGUUCACUGAAUCAGUUAUUCAAGAAGCUACAAGGAUGGUUUCAGCUAAUCUCUUUAGUACUCUUCAUCAACAAUGGAAGAACAACAAAACUCCAGAAGCAGGAGACUUGGAAGAACAAGAAGAAGGUUCCUUGAACCCUUCUUGGCCUCACUUGCAGAUUGUUUACGAGUUUCUCCUAAGACUCGUUGCAUCUCCCAACACAGACGCCAAGAUAUCCAAGAAGUACAUUGACCAUACAUUCGUUCUCAAGUUGUUGGAUCUGUUUGACUCUGAAGAUCCUAGAGAAAGAGAGUAUCUCAAAACAAUACUUCACAGGAUCUACGGGAGGUUCAUGGUUCAUCGUCCCUUCAUCAGGAAAACAAUGAACAACAUCUUGUUUGAUUUCAUUUUGGAGACAGGGAAACACUCUGGAAUAGCUGAGUUUCUUGAAGUAUUGGGAUCUAUUAUCAAUGGAUUCGCUUUACCUCUCAAGGAAGAACACAAGCUCUUCCUUACUAGAGUCUUGGUUCCUCUGCAUAAACUGAAAUGCUUACCUAACUACCAUCAACAGCUUUCUUACUGUAUUAUACAGUUCGUUGAAAAAGACUGUAAGCUCGCUGAUAUUGUGAUUAAAGGGCUGUUGAAGUAUUGGCCUGUUACUAAUAGCUCCAAAGAAAUCAUGUUUUUGGGUGAACUAGAGGAGAUUUUGGAAAUGACUCAGUUAGCAGAGUUUGAACGUUGUAUGAUUCCGUUAUCUCGCCAAAUUGCUCAGUGCUUGAGCAGCUCUCACUUUCAGGUAGCGGAACGGGCUCUAUACUUGUGGAACAAUGACCAUGUUAGUAACUUGGUGAGACAUAACAGUAGAAUCAUUCUACCGAUAGUGUUGCCAGCUUUGGAGAAAAACGGAAGUAGUCAUUGGAAUCAGACUGUGAAGAACUUGACGGAGAAUGUGCUCAAGGUUUUGUCUGAUACAAAUCCAGAGUUAUUUGAAGAAUGUUUGCGCAAGUUUCAAGAAGAAAAGCAAAAUGCAGAGGAUAACAAGAAGAAGAAUGGAGAAACCUGGAGACAGAUAGAGGAGAUUGUUGCUUCAAAAGGACAGACAUCAAUGGCAAAGUAAGAGUUUAUGUUCUGCACUUUUUACGCUAUACAAAAAAAAAGAGAAAUUGGUUUAUGUUUUGUUUUUAUAAGCCUGAAAGGUAUAUACAGUUUUACUUGUUUGCUUGGUUCAAAGUCUAUUGUUUGUCCUCUUUCAGUUCUUAAUUUGUCUGUCUGUAUACUUCUCUGUUCAUGUAAACAUCUUUGUAAGAAAUCAAGAGUUAUCUAUUUGUCUGAAAGUCGCGU